AUGACAUUUUUUGGUUCUCCGUUUAAUAACACCAACUCAGGUAUUAAUACUGAUAAUGAUUCUGAAAACAGAAGAAGAUUAAGAUUAGCAUUAUAAAGAUUUUGGGAUUCCAAAAAUAAUGAAAUUCAACAAGCUAUUGAAAACGGGGAUGCUCGUUACUGUGCAAAUUGGUGGAAAGAUUAAUGA